CUACAUUACUGUCGUCGCUUUCCAUCUCUCUUCGACGAGCAUGAAUAAUUUCGAAUCAACACCGGGCCGGGCGUAUCCUGGAAAUUGGCACGAUACGUCGAACGGGAGGCUAAGUGAAGGAUUGGGUAAUAAUUAAAAUUUAAUACGCAGCAAUUAAGGCUUGUCCGAAGCUUCAAACUACGCGACACAUCCCAUUCACCGGAUAAUUCACGAGAUUGGAACGAGCUUAUGUCGAAAAGACGAGACAUGUAAUAUCGAUCGAUCGGAAACACGAUUUAGGCGUUCGUCGUCGUCGUUAUGUCGCUAAGAAUUCGCAGUCGCGUAGGAAACGCGGUCGCACGACCCCUUGGUUAGGUUCACGGCCCUCGUUACCGUACCCUUUACGAGUCGUACGUGCUCGCCGGCCCUUUCGCGUAUAAAACCUAUACGCCAACACGUAGGCGAAAAUAUAUGUCGGCGUUUACUAUUUUAGAUACACCGUAGGAGGAGUAGACGCCCAUGGUCGCCAUGACAUCGAUGAGAAAAGUGAAAAUACCUGAAUUGCUGAAUCAGUUGUGCAACCAGUCGCAAGGUUCUAACGCGAAUUUGCGACGCGACGCUUGUUACGGUUGCUUCUAUCGCGCGAGUAUCUUACCACAGGGCUUCUCCAUGCUGGCGGCCAUGUCCACGUGCGCCGACGAUUAUCUCAACAACACCAAUUACGGCCAUUGUCAGGCUUAUUUGCGAAAUGCGACCAGUAUGCCUAAUACGCGAAGUCCUAUGUUAAUAUACUGCUCGUUCCUAGAAUGCAUUCGUCAAGUCAAUAAGAACAGUUUGCUUAGGGAGUGCGUCGACGAGGCGGCAAGAAUGUUGCCCGGCUUCCACGGUAGCUACGCGAAUUACACGAGCGUGCAGGUCGCGCAAUUGUUCGUGAACGCCACCGCCUGCGUACUGGCGAAGACCCGUUGCUCCUUCACGAAUCCGGUGACCGGCGAGAUUCAGGAUGCCGACAUCGUCAACAGGUUACACCUACCCUCGCUCAACGCCAUCCUCGUCAACACCGACUACGAUAUCAACAUCGUUCAGGUGCCUUUCCGUCACGGCAGCGUCGACGCGUGCACGAAGUACAGAAACGUCCACCAGGCGAUUUGGCCCAGUGUCGUGUGUUAAUUUACAAAUAGAUAUUAUCGCGCCAAGAGACGGCGGUAUCUUUAAUGUUAAAUGAGGCGCGGGAUCGUUUUACCAAACGACCGUUGCAGAAAUGACAUUACCGUACACCGUUGUCCGUAAUAAAGAUUUGUAUCCGUUGGCGCCAACAUUUCGAUCAUUUUUACCUCUUGGUUUCGCGACUAUUAAUAAUACAGAUUCUUGGCAGAAUUAUGCGGCACGUGCCAAGAGAAUAACGCAUCCGCAUUCUUUCUUCCGCGCGAUAUCUGUCUCUUAUGUUUGCACCGCGAGCGAAGAUGCACAAAAAAAAAGAGAGCAACGAUUGCAAUAUACUUUGCCGAAUAAUGUCGAUUAAACGACGCGAGGUGACGUUAAUGACAAAGGAUAAUCUAAGUUCGCGGUGAACAUCAUCGUUCGAAAGAAGCGCGAUUUCUUUUUUCGCAGAAACAGUCACAUGUUCGUGAUUCGAAUAAGAGAGAAUGUUAUACGAAAUAUGCAAGAUAAGAGAGACGCGUGUAAAAGGCAUCGCGUAUGGGAUGCAUAUUAUUUUCUUCGCGAAAGAAAAGUUUCUUUUAUACGCGCGCACACGAGCGAGCGAGUUUCCAUUUCAAAGAUCACGCCGCCGAGUAUUUUCCACAUAACUUUUUCGCAUACGCGCCAUCCGCCGAAUCCCGUAGAGAGGAACCGAUACCGCGUAAUCCCCCUUUCUCUCUCUCUCUCUCUCUCUCUUUCUCUUUCUCGUCUUGUCGCUCCUUCAUCGUCGUCUCGAGACGCGCUUCAUCGUUUUCUCGAGACUGUGUCGAUAGGUAGAUAGGUACCGGCUGCUUGACGAGAACUCGGCGUGCAAACAACUUCAUAACGAAUUCGGUCGUCGAGCGUGAAAAUUCGCAAAUAUAAACCCGACCGAAUGCCAUCGAGGAAAGGAGGAAGGGGAGGGGCACCGUCACGUAAUUUUUAUUUAUUUUCGUCGGAGCGCGCGGCGGAUGCGAAAAAACGUAAAUAAACACGGAAAGACGCGGGCUCGAACAAGUCGAGCAAAAUUUCCCCUCGACAUUUAGACGCGUGAGAGAGUCCCCGUCCGUGAAAACUUCUCGACGAGCUUUAAGAUUUCGCGAAAUAAAAUUCGCGAGCGUGAAGACGCGACGAGCAAAUAUUUAAAUGACACGCUAGUACAAUUUCGUCGAGUCGUCCAUUACGUGGACGCGCGAGAAUGUUCCUUCCUUCAAAAUGUGUUCACGUGUGUGUGUGUGUGUGUGUGUGUGUGUGUGUGUGUGUGCGAUUGACCGGCGGUCAAUUUCUCGCGAAGAAAUCAGGAGGGCUCCGUUUGUGGUAUCGAUUACGCGAUGAAUCCCAUCCCUCGCCAAUGCGCAUUCAUGUGCUUACGCGGACAGGAGAGAGAAGAUUAAAAAAGACAAAGAGGCACUCUUAGAUAAACCGAGAGGUGGAAUCGCUCCAUUGCGCAACGCUCCACUUAGCAUCUUCCUCGAAAUAAUUUGAAAUAUGCAAAUACAAUUGGCGUACGCAUUUGCGUGCGAUGUGGAGAGAGUUUGUAUCGCGAAGAAAAGAAGGAGAAAAGCCGAAAGAGAGAGAGAAAGGGAGACAGGCUGAAGA